AUAUUCCUUGCCCACCAAGCAACAUUAUACCCACCCGAAAUACGGAUACGUCAGUAGUUGUCGCUUGGACAGAAUCUGAAGAUGCAAAGGAACUGGUGGGAUACUACAUAGAAGCAAGUAAAGUAGGGUCUGGUGAUUGGGUGCCAUGCAACAAUAAUCCUGUGAAAGGUGCAAGAUUCACUUGUCAUGGACUUACCACUGGAGAUCGCUACAUUUUCCGUGUCAGAGCUGUUAAUGCAGCUGGAUUAAGUGGAUAUUCACAGGACUCAGAAGCCAUUGAAGUCAAGGCAGCUAUUGGGGGAGGAUUGCUUCAUGGUGUAUGUCCUGGACUAAGUGAUAAAGCUGGUGGACUAACAGGCCGCACUCUCAACUGGGAAGGCAUGCAUGAGUCCUCCCAGCCUAUCUUUGACACAGAUGCUUUGUUAAAUUGCAAUGCUAAACCCAAUAGGCAAACAAUGCCCAGUAGCUCUGGUAAGCAGAGGAGUCCAUCAGUCAGUAAAGGGAGUGACCCAGUUCCUACUCCUUCAUCACAAAAGGCAACUACCAAGCACCCACGUAAAUCUGUUCCCGGAGAUCGUUCAACACUGGAGAAAAUUCAAAAGAAAAAUGAUAUAGCACCUCCAUCACCACCAUAUGACAUCACAGUGCUUGAAAGUGUUCGUGAUUCAAUGGUUCUUGGAUGGAAACAGCCAAAAGCUAUUGGUGGAGCUGAGGUCACUGGCUAUUAUGUGAAUUACCGGGAAGUGAUUGGUGGAGUACCUGGAGAAUGGAAGGAAGCGAACAUUAAAGCCAUUAGUGAAAGGGCAUAUAGGAUAAAUGAUUUGAAGGAGAACAUGAUAUACCAGUUUCAAGUGGCUGCAGCUAACAUAGCUGGGGUUGGCGUACCUUCUCCUGCUACCCAAUCCUUUAAAUGUGAAGAAUGGACCAUUGCUGUUCCAGGACCACCCCAUGAUUUGUCAUGUAACGAAGUUAGGAAAGACUCCAUAGUUUUAUUAUGGAAACCACCAAUUUAUGUUGGCCGAAGUCCUGUAAUUGGUUUUUAUGUUGAUGUGAAACCAACAAAAGCAUCAGAUGAUUGUUGGAAGAGUGUGAAUACAAAACCUAUUACAAACAAAUUCUUAAAGAUAAGUGGCCUCAAAGAAGGCACCAGUUAUGUGUUCCGUGUACGAGCAGCAAAUAAAGCUGGAGUUGGGAAACCAUCAGAUCUUACUGAUCCUGUAACAGCAGAAACCCGACCAGGUACAAAAGAAAUUGUGGCUGACGUUGAUGAUGAUGGAGUAAUUUCAUUGAAUUUUGACUGUGAUGAGGGGACUCCAGACUCCAAAUUUAUUUGGUCCAAAAAUUAUGAACCAAUUGAUGAUGACUCUCGAUUAGCCAUUGACACUAAAGGUGGAAAAUCAAAAGCAAUAUUUAAAGAUCUCAAUGAAGAAGAUUUAGGUAUAUAUUCCUGUGCUGUAACUGAGACAGACGGUGUGUCAUCAAGUUAUACAAUAGAUGAGGAAGAAAUGAAGCGUCUGCUUGCACUCAGUCAUGACCACAAGUUUCCUG